UUGUAAUCGUAAAAUAAUCGCAGAAUUUUAAUGAAGAGGUGGGGAAAAUAAGUAAAUUCAUUACUUCGUCAAAUCAGUCAAGUACAGAGGCAAUUUUAAAACAGCGUAAAAAGAGUGAAAUAACUUUAACUAUUUAAAUUAAAUUCAGUGAAGUCAUAAAAACCGAUAGUUUAAAGUUAAAUUCAAUGCAAGUUAAUAAAUUGCACUUACACAAUGACGGUAAACGGUAAAGAUAACAUGAUCAUCACCGAUAAGACGGUAAAAUCACCAGGUGGUCUUGGAAUCAGACAUUUACAAUGUUUGUUGCUAUUUUUUGGUGUGACGAUUGCUUAUGGAAAUCGUCUUUGCAUGUCUGUUGCCAUCAUUGCAAUGAAAGGCGAAGAAAAAGAAAAUGGAUUAAAUUCCGCAAAUGGUGGUAUCGUGUUGAGUUCUUUCUUUUGGGGCUAUACAUUGAUGCAAAUACCAUCUGGAUAUUUUGCCAAAGAAUGGAGUGCAAAGUUAAUUUUAGGCUGGGGAGUAUUGAUCAAUGGAUUAUCAUGUAUUCUAGUACCAUUUGGUAACGAUCAUGGUGGUUGGCGAGUUAUUUGUGCUUUUAGAGUCAUCAUGGGCCUGAGUCAAGCUUGUCUUCUUCCUUGUGUGCAUACUCUUUUAUCAAAGUGGGUUCCACCACGAGAAAGGGGGAGAUUAGGUAGUUUAACUUACUCAGGUGCUCAAUUUGGAACUGUUGUAAGUUAUCCGAUAUCUGGACUAUUGGUACAAUACAUGGGAUGGAGAAGUGUUUUUUAUUUUUUCGGAGUUGCUGCUAUUUGUUGGUCUAUUAUUUUUAUUCUCUAUGGAUCAGAUUCACCAACCAAUCCUACUCAUUCAUGGGUACUUAAUUGCUGCAUCAUAAGCGAACCCGAGAAGAAGUAUAUUGAGAGUAGCUCUGGAAAUAAAUCAACAAUAAAAAAAAAUUUAAAAACACCAUGGGGACGUAUUCUUUCAUCAACGCCGUUCUGGGCUUUAGCAGUGGCUCAUUGUGGUCAAAACUGGGGUUUUUGGAUGUUAUUAACAGAAAUGCCUACUUAUAUGGCACGUGUUCUUGACUUUGAUUACGAAGAGAAUGGUUUAAUAUCGGCGCUACCAUAUCUGACGAUGCUGUUAUUGACAUUUCCAGUGAGUUGGUUAUCAGAUUGGAUACAAAAGAAAGGCGUAUCAAGAGGUUUAACUCGAAAAAUUUCCAAUUCCAUCGGUCAUUGGGGCCCAGGAUUAGCAUUGUUCGGAUUGGCUUUUGUUCCAAGGAACAUGAAAACUCUUGCAGUUGUUAUGUUAAUAAUUGCCGUAGGUUUGAACGUUGGCUCUCUAUGCGGAUUUCAACUAAAUCAUAUCGAUUUAAGCCCAAAUUUUGCUGGACUUCUUAUGUCAAUUACUAAUUGUUUAGCUUCAAUUAUAUCAAUUCUUGCUCCGUUAAUUGUUGGACAUAUUGUUACGGAAGAAUCAGAUGAAUUUCAAUGGCGAAUAGUAUUUUAUAUGUCGACUGCAAUAUAUUUUUUGGGAAAUUUAGUAUUUAUUAUUCUUGGAUCCGGAGAAGUUCAAAAAUGGGAUGAUCCAUUCCUUAAUACUGGAUCAAUUGAAUUGUCUGGAAAAAUUUCAACAGUAUCCGCUGAUGUUACAGCAACAUUUUAAUAUUAUAAACGAUUCAUUAUUUCUUUUAACAAAUGAUUAUCAUCAUGAGCAUUAUUAAAUAUUAUUUUUUAAAGUCAAA